UCUCCUUCUUCUCAGUGACAGGGAACCCACCGUUUCAUGUCGAGUGGGGACAUUCAUGUAGAUGUCGCUGCUGUGAUGACGUGCAGUUGUGUAGAUGGAGCCUCAGACAUGAUAUGUACACAUGACCCCGCUGGUGGAUCAGUGAUCAGUGAUCAGUGGAGCAAAGAUGAGGCGAGGAUGAAGAAUUGUACAGUCAUGGUCAUGACUGUGACGCAUUAACGGGUAAUGUGGGUAAGUGUUCCCCGUGCUGCCUUUGAAUGUCCGUCACCAUGGCUAAACGUGAGAGCGGCAGUGCCAGCCCUGUGGUCAGGCAGAUAGACAAGCAGUUCCUGGUCUGCAGCAUCUGUUUGGACCAUUAUCACAACCCCAAGGUCCUUCCCUGCCUGCACACCUUCUGCGAGAAGUGUUUACAGAACUACAUCCCGCCCCAGUCCUUGACGCUGUCUUGCCCGGUAUGCAGACAGACCUCCAUCUUGCCUGAGAAGGGCGUGGCAGCCCUGCAGAACAACUUCUUCAUCACAAACCUAAUGGAGGUGUUGCAGAGAGACCCCGAGUGCAGCCGACCGGAGGCCUGCAACGUUCUCGAGUCGGCCAGUGCAGCUACAGCCUGUCAGCCCCUCUCCUGCCCCAACCACGAGGGCAAGGUGAUGGAGUUCUACUGCGAGUCCUGUGAAACAGCCAUGUGUCUGGAGUGCACAGAGGGAGAACACAGGGAACAUGUGACGGUUCCUCUGAGGGAUGUGCUAGAACAGCACAAGUCUGCGCUGAAGAACCAGCUGGACACUGUGCGCAACAGACUACCUCAGUUGACGGCUGCCAUUGAGCUGGUGAACGAAAUCUCCAAGCAGCUUUCAGAGAGGAAAAAUGACGCCGUGUCUGAAAUCAGCAGCACUUUUGAUGAGCUGGAGAAAGCUUUACACCAACGCAAGACAGCGCUCAUUAAUGAAGUAGAAAACAUCUGUGGCACCAAGCAGAAGGUGCUCCAAACCCAGCUGACAUCUUUGCUUCAGGGUAAAGAAAACAUCCAAAGCAGCUGUAACUUCACAGAACAGGCGCUGAGCCACGGCAGCGCCACUGAAGUCCUGCUGGUCCAGAAGCAGAUGAGCGAGCGGGUCAGCGCUCUGGCCCGGCACACCUUUCCCGAGCAUCCUCACGAAAAUGGACAUCUGGAAUGCCAGGUAGAGACGGAUGGGCUGCGGCGCUCCAUCCAGAACCUGGGUGUGCUGAUCACGACCGGGGCUGUGGGCCACACCAGCGUCGCCACAGGUGAAGGCCUGCGACACGCACUGGUCGGCCAACACACCACUGUCACCGUCACCACUAAAGACAAGGAUGGAGAACUGGUGAAGAGCGGCAACGCCGCCCUCAGGGCUGAGAUCGUGGCCGCGGAUGGAGUGUGCACCGAGGCGGAGGUGGCGGACAACAAAAAUGGCACCUACGAGGUUGGAUAUACCGUCCGCUCAGAGGGAGAACACGCCUUCUCUUUGCUGCUGUAUGAACAGCCCGUGAGGGGGAGUCCAUUCCGCCUGCGUGCAGUCAAACCGUCAGACGUCCUGCAGUCGCCGGACGACGUGAAGAGGAGAGUGAAGUCGCCGAGUGGAGGGGGAGGUCACGUUCGGCAGAAGGCCGUCCGCAGACCCUCCAGCAUGUACAGCACCACCAAGAAAAAGGAAAACCCAAUAGAGGAUGAGCUGAUCUACAGAGUGGGAACAAGAGGGCGAGAUAAAGGAGAAUUUACUAACUUGCAAGGCAUCUCCACCUCCAGUAAUGGACGCAUUGUUGUGGCAGACAGCAACAACCAGUGCAUACAGGUGUUUUCAAACGAUGGUCAGUUUAAAAUGAGGUUUGGGGUCAGGGGUCGGUCACCGGGGCAGCUGCAGCGCCCCACAGGGGUCACGGUGGACAUGAACGGCGACAUCAUCGUCGCCGACUACGACAACAGAUGGAUCAGCAUCUUCUCCUCGGACGGAAAGUUCAAGAGCAAAAUAGGAGCCGGGAGACUGAUGGGACCAAAAGGCGUGGCCGUGGAUAAGAAUGGACACAUCAUCACAGCCGACAACAAGGCCUGCUGCGUCUUCAUCUUCCAGUCAAACGGGAAAUUGGUGACCAAGUUUGGAGCCAGAGGGACGUCCGACAGACACUUCGCAGAAAAAAGUGGUGCAAACAUUGCACUGGAACAAAAGCUUAGUAAAUCUGGCCCUGUUUUCAGUCCUCACUUUGUGGCUGUAAAUAACAAAAAUGAAAUAGUGGUAACAGACUUCCAUAACCAUUCAGUGAAGGUGUACAAUGCUGACGGGGAGUUCCUGUUUAAAUUCGGCUCCCAUGGAGAGGGGAACGGGCAGUUCAACGCCCCGACAGGCGUAGCUGUGGACGCCAAUGGAAACAUCAUCGUUGCCGACUGGGGCAACAGCCGGAUCCAGGUGUUCGACAGCUCAGGCUCCUUCCUGUCCUACAUCAACACGACAGCGGACCCGCUCUACGGCCCGCAAGGCCUGGCCCUGACGUCCGACGGUCACGUGGCAGUGGCCGACUCUGGGAACCACUGCUUCAAGGUCUACCGCUACCUGCAGUAGAAGCACUGACGGCGACACAACCAAUGUAAUCCACGGGGUGCGAUGACCUUUCCAGUACAGCCGGUUUUUGUUUUAUUUUUUUUGUUUUUUGUUUUUUUUUUUUAAAUGUGCACAUCAGCUGAUCUACCGGAUAUUAUAAAGUGACUGAGUUUCCUCUUUACCGCGUGUAUUCAAGGUUGAUUAUGAAGUUGGAUGAUGUAGCGUCAGACAUGAAGUUAAGGACUGGUUUGACAGAACAUGUGUUGAAGGUCUUAUUAUUAUCAUUAUUAUUGUUAAUAAUAAAAAUAAUAAUAAUAAUAAUAAGAAGAAGAAACCCCCCACCCAGACAGUAAAGGAGAUGGAAGUAUUUAAUAAUGAGCCAUAACUUGUCCAAAUGCAUGAAGUUUUCUUUUUAUGCCUUUUAUCGCCUAGGCAACGACACCGCAUACGCAUCAGUUGCUUCUCGAAUGAACUAGUUAACGCUUACAGUAAAAACAAACAGCAGUGUGCUUCUUUAGCAAAGAAAUGUAAAAUCUGUCAUUUAAGGGCAAAUGUCAUCAUCAUCUUCAUCAUCAUCACCAUCCGCGCAUUGAUUUGCUGUAUGUACUGUAUAUACAUAAAUGUAUAUUGUGUAUAUUAGAUCACUGGGUAUGUGUGUGCUAUGAUUUUCAAACACAGUAAAGAUUCAGAAGAGCAGCAGCGGUCAAGGACUCCGGGAUUUUAAACGUGUUUGGCAGCUGUUUAACAAGAAAAAAACAAAUACCGACGACGUUAAGUGUGCUUUUGAAAAACCUGCAUACAGCACAUGCUAAAAAAAAGAAGAAAAGUGUCAUAUUUAUUGCUAAUGUAAGCAGCACAAUACUAAUUUGUGUUAAUAUGUGUUGUUUUAAACGGGGGGGGGGAAGCAAAAUGAAAAAAAAAAAGCUAAUUUAUUUGAUUUUAUACACUAGUUCAGCAUUUACAAAUUAUUUUUCUAAAGUGAUGUGCUUUUGUUUCUCUUCUUCUUUUCAGUUUUAUUCCAGUCCCUUGAAGGGAAUUUUUACCUUAAAGCAGAAUUCAGUUUCCCACACACACACACACAUCAGGAACAUUUAGAUCCAUGUUUAUGUACACACGCAGCAGAUCUUCUCCAAAAGCUAUUUUGCAAUGCUUUUAAUAUUUAGAAAAGCUUUGUUGUUUGAAGUUGCUAAUGCAUCCAAAAUAUGAAAUAUGACACAUCUCAGGAAAUCCAGCCAAAUUAGAUCAACGCCAUAUCAGUCAGUACAACUUUAAAUACUUAUUUUGUGGGAGAUAUUUGGAGACUUUUUGUGAGAAAACUGUUGAUUUCCACAAAUACAAGAUUGGAGACAUUUUGGGAUGGAAUUUGAAUUCUGUUUUUUGAUUUUCUUGUUUGUUCAUUUCGCUUUCACCUAUUACAGAAAUGUUACUUUAUUAGAGGACGUUUGCCAGCAGAGUCACCAAUGGUUUUGUGUCACUUGCCUAUGAUUAGUUUAUGUUCCCAAACGACUGCUCGAUAGGAGUUUUCACCUGCAGUACAUAAAAGCCAUGACCUGUGUCAGUAGAGCUGGGUUUUUUUUGCUCUUGCUCCCCCCAGUGUUCAUUCUAUGUAAAGUCAUCAUAAACCCUGGUGCCAGAGCAAAACAGGCCAGGUGUGUGUGAGAGAGGAGCAACUUCCUGGUUUGAUAUACUGUAAUUACCAAUAAAACUGUGCUAAAAACACCUGAACACCAGACUCUCUGUGCUCCGGGAUAUAAGCUGCUCUCAGCAGUGAGGUCAACCAGGAAGCUGCUUCUCUUCAUUUCACCUGCUCUGAUGUUUGACUUGUUGCCAAACAGAAGCCCCGGACAUCUUUUAAGAGUCAAGAGGCCCCGCCCCCCCCCCCCCCCCGACUUUUUGUGAGACGAGUCUGAAGCAUUUUAACCUUACGCCGUUUGAUCGUGUCACACCACAUGCAAACAAUCUUGUUUUCUCUAAUAUGCACUGGUAAUAAAAGCACAUGGUUUA